AGGUGGUGAUGAGGAAGGAGUAAGUCUGCCACAGCAAAGUGUUAUGUCAGAAAAACUCACACCCACACGCGGCAUGCCAGUCAAUGUGUUUGGCUAAGUUAUUUGCACUUUUCCGAACGGUUGUCAAAUGUCAUAAAUGUUAUGACUGGAAAUAAACGCUGCCAAUGUGGUCAUAUUCCGGUCAUGGUCUAUAUAAGUGAGACAUUUAAAGAAGGCUUCUUUAGUCUAUUUAAUUUCAUUGCCUUAAUAACGUUCUGGUUGCUUGUCCAGCUGGCCAAAAUUAUUAUAAAGCUGUCCUAUUGUGUCAUUAUACUGGGCCUGAUAUUUCCACGAUCCUCUUUGCUAAUCAUUAAUCAUUUGAAACACCAAACAAAUCUGCGAUUUGUCAGCAAAUCUCAUAUGGAGGAAUUAUAAAACGCAGCAACAACAAAAUUUAUUGCUCCAGCAAAAAUGGACAUUUAUCAAACCCUUGGUCAAAUGGACUACAGGAUUGUCUAAAAAUAUUACAACAGUUACAACAACAAAAACAACAGCAACAAAACUUCAAAAUUGUACUUUUGACCACUUAAAAGCCUCCACAUCGAAACGGUUGGUUGUAAAGGUGGUUACAACAUCCAUUUGUCCACUAGCAACACCAACAACAUCAUCAGUGCCACCAGCACCACCACCACCACCAAAAAUGGCCAGUAAAUCGAAUAAAACCACAAAAACCAUUAUCACUUUUAUAGCGGCCUAUUUCGAGGAUAGUAACAUACACGGUCUGAAAUAUGUGGUCAAAGGAGAUCUAACAACAAUUGAAAAAUGCCUCUGGUUGACGCUUCUAAUUGUAUCGAUGUUUUUUUGCGUAAAAAUCGGUUUGGAAUCUGUUGAUCGUUAUUAUACAAAGAGUACCGUCGUUGGCCUCGAGCGAGAUUUUUAUUAUUGGAACACAACGAUGCCCAGUGUGACCAUAUGUCCAUUAAUACGUUUAGAUGAGGAACGAGUACGAGCGUAUAGCCGCCAACACAAUUUGAAUGAAAACGAAUUCCAAGACCUAUAUCAAUUUCUCGAGCACUUGGCCAAUUCCACUUAUCAUAAUUUCCGUAAUAUUCCCAAUAAUCGUAACAUCAUUGUUCUCCUGGAUCGUCUGAAGUUGACACCAAAUAUCUAUCAAGAACUCAUUUAUAAUCUGACCGGUGACAAUACCCUGCGGACCAAAGGAGAUUUAGCCAUUGCCACAGAUAAAAUUCGUGGCACUUCAGGAGAUAUUAUUAUACAGACUCGGCAAAUAUUAACCGAAUAUGGUCUGUGUUAUAUGACCAAUACAAUGUUGUCGGAAAAAUUCACCUCACAAUAUAUGAUUUGGGGUUCGGAGAAUUACAAUGAUGUCAAGGGUGUGGAGAAUGUGUUGGAGGUGAAGCACAGCAGCUAUUUUGACAGUGAUGUGAGUUAUAACUUCUUGGGAUUUGGUAAUAAACCCAUUGAUGGAUUUCUUCACAGUGCCUUUGAAGUAAUGCAAGUGGAUCAUAAUUUGGGCUACACCAAUGAACCCUUGCAGGUGGAUGUUGAGUGCAUGGAAAUCAUUACCGAGGAUGGUUUUGAGAAGGAUGCCACCAUAUCACAACGUAAAUGCCGUUUCCAACAUGAAUCCAAUUUAACCCAUUACCCGGUCUAUUCAAAGAAUAUCUGCAUACAGGAAUGUCGUUUAAAUUUGGUCUAUGAUAUCUGCAAGUGUAUACCGCAUUUCUAUCCAAAUCGAAUUGCUAAGCCCAAACCCAUUUGUGAUUAUCGCACACUCCUCGAUUGUUUUGUGCAGCAUGCAGACUAUUUUAUAAAAAUGUACAAAGUCAAUAAGGAUGGUGGCAGGGAUACAGUUCCGUGUUAUUGCGUGCAGAAUUGUCGAGAUGCCAUUGUGAAUAAGAGAGCAAAAUAUCACAUGCAAAAGACCAAUGAUUUAGUGGGUGGCAAUAGCCUCCUCUUCGCCAUGAUCAAUUUACCCACCUAUCGUCUGAAGCGUCAAAUAAUUUUCUCAUUUACCGAUUUGAUGGUUUCUAUUGGCGGCACAGCUGGCCUCUUUUUGGGAUUUAGUGUCCUGUGUUUGGUCGAAGUUAUUUACUACUUUACACUGAGGGUUUUCUUUUAUGCCGUGAAGGCAUAUUUUGGCAGGAAUUAAAAAUGAAAACACUUAUUAUUCAAUUUCAUGGCAAUUAACUCAUAUUUAGAAUUUUUAUUUAGGAAAUUAAUUACAAGAUUUUCGAAACGAUUAUUAUUAGAUUGUAGUUCCUUAAAAGCUUUUAAUUUUACCAUGAAAAGAACUACUGAAAAAAACUAAAGUGCAAUAAUAACAAGUAAAAACGCUGUAAGUUCGUCCGGGCCGAACUUUAAAUACCCUCCACCAUUUCAAAUGAAUUUGGAAAUUUUCAAAAAAUAAAAUCCUUAUAAAAUUCUGUUAAAAUCUUAAAAUUAACGAA